GAUUGAGUAAAACAUGAAGUAAAUAAAGCAGUUAGAAGUAUUUACAAGUGUUUAUAUUAACAUGGCUACAAAGCGUAAAUCAGACGUAGCUGUUCCGGCUGAGGAGAGCGAUCAGCUCCUAAUCAGACCUUUAGGUGCUGGUCAAGAGGUGGGUAGAUCAUGCAUCAUCCUGGAAUUCAAGGGACGUAAAAUUAUGCUGGACUGUGGCAUCCAUCCUGGUCUAGAAGGCAUGGAUGCUCUGCCGUACAUUGAUUUGAUCGACCCUGCUGAAAUUGAUCUACUCCUAAUCAGCCAUUUCCAUCUGGAUCACUGUGGCGCACUGCCGUGGUUUUUACAGAAAACCAGCUUUAAAGGAAGAACUUUUAUGACCCAUGCUACGAAAGCUAUAUACCGCUGGCUACUUUCCGAUUAUGUCAAAGUCAGUAAUAUAUCAGCAGAUGACAUGCUCUAUACUGAGACAGACCUGGAGGAGAGCAUGGACAAGAUCGAGACUAUUAACUUCCAUGAAGUGAAGGAGGUGGCUGGCAUUAAGUUCUGGUGCUACCAUGCUGGGCAUGUCUUAGGAGCUGCCAUGUUCAUGAUUGAGAUCGCUGGUGUAAAGAUUCUUUAUACAGGAGAUUUCUCUCGUCAAGAAGACAGGCACUUAAUGGCAGCAGAAAUUCCCAGUGUUAAACCAGACAUCCUUAUCACAGAGUCCACAUACGGUACUCACAUCCACGAGAAGAGGGAGGAACGAGAGGCCCGAUUUUGUAACACAGUUCAUGACAUUGUGAAUCGUGAAGGCCGCUGUCUCAUCCCUGUCUUUGCUCUGGGUCGAGCACAAGAGCUUUUGCUCAUUCUGGAUGAGUACUGGCAGAAUCAUCCUGAACUUCAUGACAUUCCUAUUUACUAUGCCUCCUCAUUGGCCAAAAAAUGUAUGGCUGUGUAUCAAACCUAUGUUAACGCCAUGAACGACAAGAUUCGCAAAGCCAUCAACAUCAACAAUCCCUUUGUCUUCAAGCACAUCAGCAAUCUCAAGAGCAUGGACCAUUUUGAUGACAUUGGCCCCAGUGUGGUGAUGGCAUCUCCUGGUAUGAUGCAGAGUGGUCUCUCUAGAGAACUGUUCGAGAGCUGGUGCACUGACAAGAGAAAUGGUGUCAUUAUAGCUGGCUACUGUGUGGAAGGAACAUUGGCCAAGCACAUCAUGUCUGAGCCGGAGGAGAUCACCACCAUGUCAGGCCAGAAACUGCAGCUGAAGAUGUCUGUGGACUACAUUUCCUUCUCUGCUCACACCGACUAUCAGCAAACCAGCGAGUUCAUCCGAGCACUCAAGCCACCCCAUGUGAUCCUGGUUCAUGGAGAGCAGAAUGAGAUGGCUCGCCUGAAGGCAGCUCUUAUUAGAGAGUAUGAGGAUAAUGAUGAGGUUCACAUUGAGGUGCAUAAUCCCCGAAACACUGAGGCGGUCACACUCAACUUCAGAGGAGAGAAACUGGCCAAGGUUAUGGGCUCUCUUGCCGAUAAGAAGUGUGUGCAGGGUCAAAGGGUUUCAGGGAUCCUGGUGAAACGUAACUUCAGCUAUCACAUCCUCACGCCCUCGGAUCUCUCCAAUUAUACAGAAUUGUCUAUGAGUACCGUGAAGCAGACUCAAGCCAUUCCCUUUACUGGACCCUUGUCCUUACUGCACAGCCAGUUACGUCACUUAGCAGGGCAUGUGGAGGAGGUGGAGACAGCGGAGAAAACCACACUGAGGGUCUUUAACAGCAUCAAUUUAAUUCAUGAUGCCAACAUGGUCAUAUUGGAGUGGGUUGCAAAUCCUCUGAAUGAUAUGUAUGCAGAUGCAGUAACCACAGUAAUUCUGGAGGUGCAGUCCAAUCCAAAAGCUCAGAAAAUUAUGCAUCCCAAAGAAGAGAAAAUGGAUCCUGAUAUGUUUCAGAACAGAUUACAGAUCAUGUUCCAAGACAUGUUUGGUGAGGAAUGUGUCGAAUUAAAGGACAAACAGAAUCUGUGUGUAACAGUAGACGGCAGGACUGCCAGCAUCAAUUUGGAAGCAAGGACAGUAGAUUAUGAGGAAACCAGCACAGAUGAUGAGUCUCUAAAGGAGAUGCUGGAGCUGGCAGUGCAGAGGCUCUAUGAUGCCAUGAACCCUGUGAUGUAAACAUUUAGCAGCACUUUCUCCCAUCAGUCUCAGUUCUCACAGUACAGGCCUGCACUGAGGCAUUACGUGUAAUAAAAACAGUGAAACACUGAUUUAGUUUAAA